UGUCAGGCGACCAGGAACCUCCAAAGUUAUGGAGCCGCGCUCUACUAAGAUAGGAGGCUGGCCAGCCAAUAAUGUUGCUAUCCCGCUGACGGCGAGGCUUUCCUUAACUCUCCGGUGAUUCUAGUUUGGAGGGCUUCCGGCCGGAGACCAUUAGAACAGACACCCGGAAGGCGGAAGUUUUAAGGCGGAAGUGGCCGAGAGAACAAGGAGAAUGGCGGCCGAGGCCUGGCUUUGGCGCUGGGGCUGGGGUCAGCGGUGCCCAGGGAGGCCUGGGCUUCCUGGCCCCGGCCCGGGCCCCACGACAUUUCUACAUUUGCUUCUGUUGCUGGGGCCGGUGGCUGCGGAUAUAACCGACGGCAACAGCGAACACCUCAAGCGGGAGCACUCGCUCAUCAAGCCCUACCAAGGGGUCGGUUCCAGUUCCAUGCCGCUCUGGGACUUCCAGGGCAGCACGAUGCUUACGAGCCAGUACGUGCGCCUGACUCCGGACGAGCGCAGCAAAGAGGGCUCGAUCUGGAACCACCAGCCAUGCUUCCUUAAGGACUGGGAAAUGCACGUCCACUUCAAAGUCCAUGGCACAGGGAAGAAGAACCUCCACGGAGAUGGCAUCGCCUUGUGGUACACCCGAGACCGCCUCGUACCAGGGCCUGUGUUUGGAAGCAAAGACAACUUCCAUGGUUUGGCCAUCUUCCUGGACACAUAUCCCAAUGAUGAAACCACUGAGCGUGUGUUCCCGUACAUCUCGGUGAUGGUGAACAACGGCUCUCUGUCGUACGAUCAUAGCAAAGAUGGUCGGUGGAGUGAGUUGGCAGGCUGCACAGCCGACUUCCGCAACCGGGACCAUGACACCUUCCUAGCUGUACGCUAUUCCCGGGGCCGCCUCACGGUGAUGACUGACCUGGAAGACAAGAACGAGUGGAAGAACUGCAUCGAUAUCACCGGGGUGCGCCUGCCCACCGGCUACUACUUUGGAGCCUCUGCUGGCACCGGCGACCUGUCUGACAACCAUGACAUCAUCUCCAUCAAGCUGUUCCAGCUCACGGUGGAGCGGACGCCUGAGGAGGAAAGCAUCGACUGGACCAAGAUCGAGCCUGGCGUCAAUUUUCUCAAGUCCCCAAAAGACAAUGUGGACGACCCCACUGGAAACUUCCGCAAUGGACCCCUGACAGGAUGGAGGGUGUUCCUGCUGCUGCUGUGUGCGCUCCUGGGCGUCGUCGUCUGUGCUGUGGUGGGCGCUGUGGUGUUUCAGAAGCGCCAGGAACGGAACAAGCGUUUCUACUGAGGCCGGUCUGGCUGGAAAGGGCCUGACCGUGGGCCAGGGCUCUUCUGUGAACUUUUUUCUACUGGGAUUGUAAAAACCAACGAACCUUAUUUCUUAACUGUUUCAAAGAAAUAAUUAAAGUAUUUUCAUACAUUUUGCUUCUUGCCCAGCUGAGACAGCGGGCAGGGCUGGGGUCAGGGUUUAGCAUCCCCACAGCUGGAGGGUUCUGCUCCAUCCCAAGGCUUGCUCUCGGGAGCAAGGGUGUCUGUGUUUGGGGCCUGGGUGAGGCCCUGUGUAUGGGAUGGCUCCUUAGGGUUCCAGGCAGUGGUUUUGUUCUGAGGCCUGUGGCAGCAAACAGGGUUUGGGAUUCCGGGUCUCCCUGUAGCUUUUUACAAAGGCAGACCUCAGCCAAGGCUGGAGGACCAUUCAGUAAGGCCAAGGUGUGACAGUUUACUGAAAGUAGACAGUCUCGGCCUCAUGCCUGUCCUAAGGGCUUUUUUCACAUCUGGUGAUUCCCAGUCCCUUCUCUCUGGCCUGCAACAGACCCAGAGGAGAGAGAUGGUGGCUGUCCCACUGCCAGAUGGGACAGCAUGACUCUCAGGUCAAGCAGGAGUCACGCAGUUUUGCCUAGUAUGCAAUGUUUUGGGAAUAGGGUACUGUACACAGGAUGUGACAGGCACUGGGGACGGAGGGGGCAAUGAUAGAAAUCUUGAGACUGAGGUGAUCUGGAAGGAGCAGCUGAGCCAGGAAUAGAAGACAGCUGGAUGGGCAGUGCUGUUCCCUUUGGGUGGCUUGAGGGGACAAAGCCGAGAGCCAAGCGGAAAGCAGGCCCCACAGCCAGCUUCCGGUCUCUCACCCUCUGCUGUCCAACUCUGGGGACUCAGCAAGUCUGCUUCCUUCCUCGCCAUCCCCUCCCCACACAAUCGAUGCUUGGUCUCUUACCUCACAAGCAAAGGCUGCCACCCAUGCAGUGCAGCGUCCUCAGUUCACUUUGUUGCUGCAGGAAGUGAGUGGUGGAAGCCCAUGGAGUAACGUGGCUGUUUUUUAGUACCACCAUCUUCACCUUCUCUUAGCAGAGCUGUUCACUGUGCUGCUAUAGGAGCCAUCUGUCCUUGUUGGAAACUGUUCAUGGUCGUGUGUCCAGCUGCAGCUUCCUCCAGGCUUAUGAGCCUGUCACGGAGCCUCAGGAACCCCAUCUUUCCUUUUGACACACUACUCUCUAAGCAUACAUUGCCUAUUUGCCAUGACACUUAACUAUGUGGGGCGUGUCCAAGCAGUUAUGUGCCAUGUGACACCAGGCCUGGGACCUGGAGCAUCGGGCUGCUGCCGUCAGGAAGCACCACAGACUUUGGGUUGACCUUAGCUCUUGUUCUAACCUGGACUUCCUGAUGUCCCGAGUUAUUUAGGCAUUGUAAUCAAGAUUUACCUUUGUGUAUUAGAGCCACCUUAGCAGCUGCUGUAGCAUUGGGAGAUAAUAAAACACUUGUAUGACAGUACUAGCAGCUGAGGAGUCUGGGGCUCACUAGUCUAGCUGGGGACUUCCAUGCCAAAGGAGUCCCAAAGAUGGCAUUCCCAAAGAUCAUACCCAAAGCUGUCCUCUGGUCUCCACACACAUGGCAUAUCUGGCCUAGUAAAUCUUGUGGGGUAGGGCCAGGGCAGGGUCUGUAAUGAAUCUCAGACGCUGGCACUUAGUGGGUCUGUUUAACCUUCCAGGUGGGCUCCCCAUCCGCCAUCACAGCCUCGCUGAACUUGUGAAGAACUAAGUUCAUCCCCAAAGUUGUCUGUCUUCACACAGCAAUGAUUCCACAAUUAGUUUUUUUGUCAUAUACUCGUAAAAAUGGCCUUCCUUCAUCAACACUGAAGCACAAGUGUGUACCCUUCCUUGUAUCUUUGCAGGGCUGGAAAUGCAAACCUGCCGACUCACAUGGCCUCCUUUGUCCCCUCCCCACAGAGAUGAUGGUUGUUAAAGUGUUCUUUAAAUUGUGUAUUUUAAAACUUUGUUUUGCUUGUAAAAGCUUUUAAAUGGUGUUUGGAUGUAUUCCUGGACAUGUAGCCUAAGAUGUCGCCCAAGAUGCCUUCUGCUGUGCACACUGGUGACUGCUCUUGUCACCUUACCAGACUGUCAGAUGGUCUCUGGCUCGCUUACACAUGGUGCAGCCUCAAAGCGUUCUUGACUUGUGUUCUCACACAUCAUGAGAAGUUUGGGUCUGCAGCUUGUAUCCAGUUCCAGUUUCGCUAGCCAGAGCUACAUUGCAUUCUGAAGAGAAUCGGCCUCCGCUCCCCUCCCCCACCCCCCAGCCGCUCUGCUGUGCGCUUUUCUGCGCCAGGCUGACGGUCUCUGCUCACUGGUCACGUGCAUCCUCUGACGUUUACUUCCAACCCCUGUUACUGAUGUUGUGGAAUUGUUAUUUUCAGCCUCCUGGUUAUAAGCUUCGCAGAGGUUCCUUCCCACACGCUUGACUUCCUGAUUUGCUAAUGACGUCAUUUGAUGUGCCAUCUGCAUUUAAAUGGCACUUAUUAAUCUUUUCCAAAGAUGAUUUUCCUGAAGGUUUCUAACUUUGGCCUUUAAAAAUUUGCACUUUGUUGAGGUGGGUCUUAUACAGUGCUGAUGUCAUUGUCCCUGCUGUCUCCACCCAGUUGUGGCCAAGCCUUUCUGACUCUGUCAUCCUCCAGCACCCAGUCCUGACCCUGUCUCUUUCUCUUCCCAUCAACUGGGAUGCUUCUCCUCCCAGCUGCUUCCAGCAAGGGAGGUCGUGUGGACCUGUGGCUCAGGAGAACCGGAGGACAUCAGGUGCGGAAGUUCCUCUCCUCUUCCUGCCUGGAAUGUGGUAGGACCCUGGGGGUACAGAAGCACCGGUGACAAGGCGCAGAACAGUUAGCUAGGAGGUGUCCAGGUCAGCGCUGAAGCCCUGCCUCAAGCCUUAGAUUGUCAACUGCUGGGGUUUUAUUUUUGUGUGUGUGUGUGUGUGAAAGAAAUAAAUCCCUAUUUGUUCA